AGUGCCUUGAAUUCGAGAAACCUUGUGGUAUUCGUUGGGUACAAAACGUGGUCUUGGAUCAUUCGAGAGUUUGGGUGGUGUUCCGACGGUCAGUGCUGGUUUCUCUCCGUCCUUUCACCGAGAUGGCGCCCACGAAUUACGGCGUAGCUGCCCUGGCGGUAGUUUUGUUUUACGUAGCAUCCUCAAGUUAUGCCAAACCACUAACUCAGAGUAUGGAGCUGAGCGCUGCAGAUCGUGUCCAUUAUUUCGGCCAAGCAGAAGUGCAAGAUUUUGAGCUGGUCUCGCCGCAAGUUUCCAAGAGGAGGCGACGGGGCAAGCACAUCGAAGCUAAGAAGGUUGUCUUCGAAGCCUUCGAUGAGAGAUUCGAUAUUGCCCUUGAGCCCAAGGUGGGGCUAGUGGACGCAGGAACGCUGGUCCACGAAGUCGGCAAGGAUGGGAAGACGGUGCUGAGUCAACCCAAGGAAUACUGUCUGUAUGUUGGCAAGUCAUUGGACCAUAAGGAUUCCACUGUGUCCGCGAGUGACUGCGGCAACAAGCUGCAAGCAUCGAUCGCUACAGACAAGGCAGCGUUCCAGCUGCAACCGCUGAAGACUGAACACAAGGAAAAAGAUGGUCCUACCCACAUGGUUGUACGAAGGAGUGUCAACACUCAAGCAUGCAACAUGGACGCUGAAAGAUCCUUGGAGUCGACUAUGUCCAGACGCAAGAGGUCUACAGCUGAACCGAUUUACGUGGAUGCUUCGGUUGUAGCAGACGAUCUCAUGUACAAAACCUACGGCAAUGAAACCAAUAACUACCUUCUUACCAUUCUCAAUCAGGUCGCUGAAUUGCUGAAGGACCCUAGCCUUGAUAUCCAAGUCAAUUUGAAAAUCAGCAAUAUUAAGAUCGUCAAGACGCCACAGCUGGAUCUAUCUUUAUCAGAGGAGCUGGAAAAGUCCCUGGAGAGUUUCUGCUCUUGGCAGAAGAAAAGUGAUUCCGACAUUUCCAUUCUUAUCACAAGGCGUGACUUGGUCUCUGGUGGCAACCAUAAGGUGACUGGUAAGGCAGCUGAUGUCGGUGGAGCAUGUGACCCAAAGAGGCGUUGUCUGAUUGGUCAGGAUCACGGACCUAGCGGACUCAUCUUUACACUGGCUCACGAGAUUGGUCAUAGCCUUGGUAUGUACCAUGACGGUGGACUGAGUGACUGCGCCAACAAGAAGAACAUCAUGGCUUCUGUCAACUCCGGAGGGCCUGAGGCCUUCCGCUGGUCUGAAUGCAGCAACAAUGACCUCCUCAACUUCCUAGCUCGUCCAGAGUCUAAGUGCCUGAAGAACAAACCCAAGUCUCUACCUGACUACACUCCGUCAUCCAUCCCAAUGCCUGGCUUUUAUUUCAAUGCUACUGAGCAGUGUGCCAUGACUUACAAUGCAAAGAGCACUGUCGCCUCCGAGGUUCUCAACAAAAAGGAAAUCUGCACAGCUCUUGUCUGCAAGAACGGCAACGGAAUCCCAGAAUCCACCAAUGUUCCCCCCUUGGAUGGAACUCGCUGUGGAACCAAGCGAGAUAUUUGCAUCCAUGGAGAAUGUCUGAAAGUCUACAGCACCAUGGAUUGUGAUGGUGGCCCAUGCAUUCCAUUCUGGCUUGCAGGCAGUUAUACUUGUCAGAAUUCCACUUCGUGCGUGGCGACCCGCUCGGUUCUCUGCGUCGAGGAACAUGACGACGGUACAACCCGACGAGUUCUAGAUCUUACACGGUGCCCAAAUGAAGUACCAACAGAUACAGGAAUUUGUCCGGAUGAUCCAUGCAGGUUUUCCUUCAUCACGGGAGAAUAUGGUACCUGCUCGGUAACCUGUGGAACUGGUCUCCAAGUCAGGAAUGUGGAUUGCCAAGAUCGUUCUCAGGAGAUUCCGACCACAGUCAACGAUGCCCUGUGCCAAGAAGCCAAACCGUUGACGACACAAGUCUGCAUUCUGCCUGCCUGUCCAGUCAACUCGUACAGCUAUGCUGUGGGACAGUUCCUGGAGUGCUCGGUGACAUGUGGGACUGGUGUUCAGCUACGAUCAGUGACUUGCCAAGACAAUGUCGGUGAAGCCGUGGCGGAAGUGUUCUGUAUUCAACUGGGUCUAUUCAGACCAUCCACUACUCAGAAUUGUGACACUGGUAUCAGCUGUGGACUCCGCUACGUCGCUGGCCCUUAUGCCACGUGCUCGGUCACCUGCGGCUCGGGUACGCGUACCCGCAUGAUCUACUGUGUGAACGAUAACAAUUUGGUCGUAGCUCUUGCUCGGUGCGAGGAUGCUCAGCUGGAAGAACUGCCUCUUACGACCAGUUGUGACCAGGAAGCGUGCCCUUCUCCUGUCUACACCGCGCUCAGGGGAUCGUGGUCUGAGUGCUCGGUUACAUGUGGGCUAGGCACGGAGACCAGAUUUGUGGCGUGCCGCAAUAACGAUGUGGACGUUGACGUGCAGAACUGCAUUGAUGCAGGAUUGACUGACUUGGAGACGUUGAGGGUUUGCACACGGCCGACCUGCCAACCGGAGUAUCGCUUUGAAGCUGGUGCAUUUAGUGAUUGUUCAGUGACCUGUGGCACCGGACUACGCAUCCGUGAUGUCCAGUGUUUGGACCAAGACGACGUGGCAGUAGCCAUCGAUAACUGUCUGGCCAUCGGCUUGACACCGCCACCAAACACCAUGGAGUGCACUCUGGAAGACUGCCCAACCUACAUCUAUCAAGUCGGUGAAUUUGGAGCUUGUACUGAGGAAUGUGGAGAUGGUCUGCAGCUUCGUGCCGUGGUCUGUGUUAAUAACGACACCAAGGCUGUCGUGGAUGAUGCAAACUGUCCUGGACAGAAGCCUGCCUCAACACAGCCUUGCAAUCUCAUGCCUUGUAACACCCUGCUUCAGUUUGUCACCAGUCCUUUCAGUGCCUGUAACUGCAGCGGUCUGCAAACACGUAUUGUCAUCUGUAUCCAGCGUGUGGGUAUCGUCUUGGAGCAAGUCUCCACACAGAAUUGCUUGGAUGCUGGUCUUGAAGCCCUACCGACCACUCAGGAUUGCCCCCCACCAGCAGACUGCGUCCAACCCAAUCCUGUCUGGCAGACCACUGAAUGGAGCCAGUGCCCAGUAACUUGUGGCGUCGGUACCCAGACUCGACUGGUUUACUGCAUCGCACAGCCAGGAUCGACCGAUAUCGUUGAUGAUUCAGAGUGUGUUGCUGGGGACAAGCCACCAACGACACAGGAAUGCGACACGGAAGUCGUAUGCCCAACUGCCUACCUGUGGUUGACCUACGGCUGGGGAGCAUGCAGCGUGACCUGCGGCGAAGGCUUCGAGUCGCGUGAUGUCUUCUGCUUCAGUCUGGGAACUAACAUCGUCCAGGUUGAAGACUCGCUCUGUAACGCUGGAGAGAAACCCAACACUGUCCGGCCAUGUAGUCUGGCGCCGUGCACUGCAUCAUGGACAACAUCAGGCUGGACUGAGUGUUCUGUGACCUGCGGUCCUGGUACGCAAACCCGCACCGUUGCCUGUCAGCAGACCAAGGAUCCCAACAGCAACGUCGUUGACGAAUCAGAAUGCAUCGCUGAAGCCCGUCCCUCGGAAGCCCGCCCCUGUUACCUGGCACUAUGCCCCGCCCCCUUCGGCUGUAAUACGUCCUACAUGCUGGAAGGCACUGUGCAAUACACAGAGAGCUCGCCAGGUUUCACAGCUGGACAGAAUUACCCGAAUGACCUGGAGUGCUCCAAGGCUUUCGUUGCUGAUAAUAACAUCCAGGAAGGUAGACGUAGACGUAGACGGAACGUUCAGGAACCACAGUACUGCAUUCAGCUAACUUUCACAGCGUUUGACGUAGAACCAUCAACCGACUGCACUGUGGAUUAUCUAGAGAUUUCAGACAUCAGGUACAACACAUCAGAGCGUCUGUGCGGCAACACCUACGAGCUGCCUCUAGUCUGGGAGUCAGUGGGUCCUCAUGUCAACCUGUACUUCCACACUGAUGCCACGGUCACACGGCCAGGGUACUCUGUCAUCUAUAACGCUGUGGAGAAACAGGAUCCAGCUGGCUAUGAAGUCACUGCAUGGUCCGAGUGCUCUGUGACUUGUGGAGAAGGCGUCGAGACACGUGAAGUACUGUGUGUCCGUGGCAAUGAGACCGUUGAUGAGAAUGAGUGUAGUGGUCUGCAGAAACCUGUCUCCAUCCAGCCGUGUGUGGAAGACGAGUGCAUCGAACCUAGCGUUUGCAGCGGGGAUCUUCUUCGCACAGAGAACAAUGCUAUCAUCUUGUCUCCCGACUUCCCAUCGGCCUACCCAAACAACAUUUCCUGUUCUAACGUGAUCCGUGCCCCGGAAGGAAUGAUAAUGGAGAUCUUUGUCACUUUCUUCAACCUCCGUCCCGAAGAGUGCAGCGACAAGGUUUUGAUCAAAGACGUGAACGUCGAUGGCGAACCGCUGGAGCUGUGUGGUAACCAAGCUCCCGGCAUUGUCUUUACAUCCAUCACAAAUGAGGUGACGGUGCAGUUUGAGUCGGCUGAAACAGGAUCCAUCUCUCCAACCGGUUUUGGCUUCAGUCUCCGAGCUGACUUCAUGAACCAACCACCGGUUUCUUGCGGUAACCAGAUCUCAGAAUCUGGCCGAGCUGUCUACUCGCCCAACUACCCCGGUGAUUACAACCUGAAUGAGAACUGUUUGACCGUCAUCAGGAAUGACGGGGGUUGCAUCAAGCUACGAUUCUUGGAUAUAGACCUCCCUCCCCAAAACGGACAAUGCUCGGACUUUGUUCAGUUGGUCGAUCUUAAUGAGAUUGCCGUCAACACUGGCCCCUUGUGUGGCAGAGAAAUCCCUACGGUCUUCUACUCGUUUACUGGUCUCAUGACGGUGCGAUUCUUCUCGGAUGAAAACGGUCCGACUACCGGUGGUUUCAAUGCUGUGGUGAACUUUGUUGAUUGCUAUGAUGGUGUGUGGCUCACCGGCCCGUUUGAAGAGUGCUCUGCUACCUGUGGUGAGGCAGUCCGCAGGCGAACCGUCUCAUGCCAGAAUCCUCAAACGGACGCUUUGGUUGAUCCAGCUAUGUGCCCACCAGAGAGGCCCGACGAGGAAAUUCCAUGCGAUGUCCCUGAAUGCCCAAGCUGUGACGUGACGGUGACCGAGUCUGGCGAGAUAGGCUCUCCCAACUCACCAAGCAACUAUGACAACAACCAACGAUGCGAGACUGAGAUUGUCAAUCCAGACGGUUGCGUCGCCAUCAACUUCUUGGCGUUUGACCUUCAGCCUGGUCUCAGUGAUGAAUGCGACACCGAUUUCCUGGAGAUCACAGAUGUGGCAAGGGAAGAACCUAUCAAGCUAUGUGGCUCAACACUCCCUGAUACCUACCAGUCACUGAGCGGUAAUGUGCAACUGCUCUUCCAGACUGAUGAUUCGGUGGUAUCCACUGGCUACUACGCUUACGUCUCCUUCAUUCCUUGUCCCGUCAACGCUUACAUCAUGGGCAACUGGAGCGAGUGCUCUGUGACCUGCGGUGCUGGUAUGAGAACCAGAGAUGUUCAGUGCAUGGAUCUCAUCAACAACGUCCCAGUUGAAGACUCGGUGUGCCAAGGUGAACGUCCUCCAUCUGAAGAACCCUGCAUGGCCAACGAGGAAUGCCCAUCCUGUGAUGUGACCAUUACCGAGAGUCUGAUGUUCGUCACCAGUCCGGACUUUCCAAAUCCCUACGCCCCCAACCUAGAAUGCGUCUACACUUUUAACUCACCGGAUCCUGACCAGUGUGUACGUCUGACCAUCAUAGAGGCUUACCUCAAUGGAGCUGAUGACAACGAACUGUGCAGUCGCGACUAUUUGGAGAUUACCAGCCAAUCAGGACAGCCCCCCUUGCGAUUCUGCCCGGAAUCGGCCCGUUCCAUCCCGUGGUACUCCCGAGACAACACUGCUUCUGUCAGGUUCGUCACCGACGAAGAGGGCGCCAGCUCAGGAUUCAACAUGUACGUCGUCUUUGGCAGUUGUCCGAUGUACGACUUUGUGGUGGGAGACUAUACUGAGUGCAGCGCCCGUUGUGGGGGUGGCGUCAGGACAAGAGUUGUGAGUUGUAUCAGCCUGAGUGACGGUUCAGGGGCUCCCGAUGAGCUGUGUCCUAACCAACGUCCUUUGGAUAGCAUUCCUUGCAACACUGAGCCAUGCCCAGUUUGCGAUGCCGCUUUCUUCCCGGGAGACGAGCUGAUCAUGAGUCCUGACUUCUCCAGUGCCCCAGGCCAAGGCUACGAGAGGUCCCUGGACUGCACCUACAACAUCACCAACCCAGACGGUUGUCUCUUCCUAACAUUCCUCAGUUUUGAGCUCCAAGAAUGCGCAGAUUGCUCAUGCGACUACCUCAGUAUCACGGAGGAUAAUGCUGAGGCUUUGCCGCCUCUCUGUGGUACUCAGAAUGACCGUACAUGGGCCUCCACGACCGGCAACGUCAUGUUGAAUUUCGUUACCGAUAACUCCAUAUCUGCUGCUGGUUUCAACAUCUACGUAGCUUACAUUGACUGCCCUGACGUGUACUACUUCACUGAAGAUUACUCGGAGUGCGACGUGUCUUGCGGUGGCGGAUCCCAGACCCGCUUGGUUCAAUGCAGGAGUCGAACCACCGGCAUGGAAGUUGAUGAGUCCAUGUGUACUGGAGUCAAACCACCAACAGAGCGCCCAUGUGGAGAAGACCCAUGUCCAUUUUGUGAUGAGCAGAUUACCACUCCCAGCUUCAUCGCCAGCCCUGAGUACCCAGAGAACUACCCAGUCAGCAUCAACUGCAACUAUGCCAUCCAGGCACCAGCAGGCCGCUGCGUCAGCAUCAAUGUACUGGCCUUUGAACUCCAAGAAGCUGAGGGUGACCCUAUGAUGUGCCAAGAUUAUAUUGAGAUCCGAGACCAAGGAGCCCCUACUCUAGACAGACGUUACUGUGGAUUGGCUGCUCCCAACGCGAUUCAGUGGAGAUCACGGUUCGGUUCCGUUAGCUUGGACUUUUCGUCUGAUGAGGAAGAUACUUCGAGCGGCUUCCGUGCUUACGUCAACUUCGUGGACUGCCCCCAAUAUGGAUACGUCGCUACUGAAUUUAGCAUGUGCUCUAGACCGUGUGGUGGUGGCACACAGACCCGCGAAGUCUCUUGCCAAAACAUAGCCACGCAACAACCCGCUGAAGAGGUCAACUGUGAGGAUGAGAGACCUUCAGAGUCCAUCCCUUGCAACCUCCAAGACUGCCCAGAAUGUGACGAGGAAAUCACUGAGAAUCGACAGAGCGUCUACAGUCUGAAUUUUCCCCAACCUUACUUUGAGUAUUCCUGCAAUUACAUCUACACCAACCCCGGUGGCUGCGUGGAGCUUCUUUUUGUUCAGUUUGAGAUGCCGAUACCAAAUGCCGAGGAUGUCUGUGAUAAGGACUACCUCCUGGUUGAAGACAUGAGUGAGCGGCCCUUCUCUUACCGUAUCUGCGGCCCUGACAUACCCAACACCGUUGUGUCACGUGGUGAGAGACUAAAUGUGACUCUCGUUACGGACGGUAACCCAGGCACCUUUGGUGAGGGAUACCAGCUGUACAAUCUCUUUACAAACAACUGUCCGGAGGUCGGCUACGUGGCAAGCGAGUUUGGAGAGUGUGACCGCCAGUGUGGUUUUGGCACUAGGACACGCGAAGUCAACUGUGUUGAUCUGCAAUCUGGAAUCACCGUGGAUGAAAGCCUGUGCACUGAUGUUGAACCAAGCAGCACUGAGUUCUGUAACACUCAGCCUUGCCCAUCUUGUGACCAAGUCGUCGACACCUUCCCGAUUGCCCUGAAUAGUCCCGCUGACUUGGACCCUCUGCGCACCUGUCAGUAUGACAUCGAGAGCGAACGUUGCAUCCGAGCAACCUUCCUUACGUUUGACUUCCCAGGAGAAAACGGCAUGUGUGCUGAUACAUUCGUCCAGUUGCAAGAUGAGGGAGCGGAGUUUCUGACGGAGAGAUUCUGUGGGGAUGGACCGGGGGCAGCGUCUGGUGCAGCCCUGUAUGCUUGGGAGUCCAGAACGUCUGACGUACUUAUGACUCUGAACAGUGGCACUGACUUGACGGCCAACAACCGCUUCCGAAUCUUCCUGACAGAGAUGGACUGUCCAGAGUUUGGUUUUGUCGCCGGCGAAUUCGACGAGUGCAGCAGAUCUUGCGGCGAGGGUGGAGUCCAGACACGUACCGUAGAGUGUCAGCGUUUAGCCGAUAAUUCACCGGUCGUGGAGGGAUCGUGCACGGAUCCUAAACCAUCAGAAACGCGGCCAUGUGCACCUCAGCCGCCAUGCCCAUCCUGCGACAUGUUUGUUUCUGAUCCCGAGACAUUGGUCCAAGGGCCCCCACGCAACAGUAACUGGACCACCGAUGUCCGUUGCCGAAUCACGGUUGAAUAUGACACCUCUUGUGUCGUCAUCUCUGGCUUACAAGUGAUGCUGUCUGAGCCGGAUGAAAACGGCACGUGUGUCGACAGCUCACUGACAUUCUCUGACGGCACCUAUCCAGCCUACACUGAGACUGUCUGUGGCUCAUCAAGCGGCGGUGUAUACGGAGCUUUAAGCCGUCGUUACGUCGUGGACUUCUAUUCAGCAGACUACGAGAACUCUGGCGAUUCAUUCAAUCUAUUUGUCCAGGCGGCCGCUUGCCCAGUGAUCGAGUACCAGACUAGUGAAUUCUCACAGUGUUCAGCCAGUUGCGGCGGUGGGGUCCGAACCCGGGACGUGACUUGUGUGAGAGCAGAUAGAAUGGAGGAGGUCCCCGACGAUGCCUGCGCAGGACCCCGCCCAAUGGCCAUCGAAGGCUGUAACAUGGAGGCAUGCCCUAAAGAGUGUGAUAAUGUCAUCACUGUCAAUACUCCCGUGCAACUUUUGACAUCACCGGGACGUCCAACGUACGUCACUGACGCUGACUGUACUAAUAACAUCAUCAACUUGAGCGGUUGCAUCGUUCUGGCGUUCCUGUCCGUUGAUAUCGAGGAGGGAACUAUGCCGGGUGUUUGCGAUAAGGAUUACUUGGAGAUCAUUGACGCUACUUUUGAUGAGUUGAGCGUGCGGCUGUGCGGCGACACCCUUCCAUCCACCGCCUGGCGCUCCCAGUCCGGUAGCAUCAGAACUCGGUUUGUCUCGGACAGCGUGGACACCCAACAGGCGGGAUACACUCUAACCUACACCUUGACUCCCACCUGCCCUACCGGAUCCUAUGUCUUGAGUGGCUUCGAUGAUUGUUCUGCGACCUGCGGUGAAGGCACGCGAACUGCAGCUGACCUGAACUGUGUGCUUCCAGACUCGAGUAUCGGUACCAACAGCGACUGCCCGGGCCUGCCACCAUCGCGUGUCCAGUCAUGCAACCUGGGAGAAUGCCCCGAGUUCUAUUUCUUCACUGGGGAAUACUCCAAUUGUUCUGUUGAGUGCGGUGACGGUACCCAAACCCGUGUCGUUGAGUGUCGGCGUUUGGACAAUGACACCGUUGUGGAUGAUGGCAUGUGUACCGAGGUUAAACCAGACACAUCUAUGGCAUGCAAUCUCAUGGCUUGUGUGGAUAACGCUUUUGUUUUGUCCGAGACUCCCCAAACCGAGACUGUUGAGUUGGGUGACAGUGGCACUAUUCAGAGCCCCAACUUCCCAAAUGCGUACCCCAACAACCUCAACGCUCAGGUGGUCCUGACCAUCCCAGCAAACACUCUCCUGAGGGUGACCAUCGAUACCUUGGACUUGGUCUUUGAGAGCCCGUGCGCCAACGGGGACUUCCUGAGGUUUUCAUCUGGGUCCAACACGGUGCUUCAAGUUUGCCAGACCACGCAGCUUCCGUUUGAUUGGUUCAGCGGUGCUGGCGACACGGAGGUCACAAUAGCCAUGACAACCAGUGCAACUGUCGCCGGCAAUGGAUUCAUGGGCCGAUGGACCGUUAUCGUUCCACCUUAAAUAAGUAGAGACGACAAGGAGAUGAGGAGUAAACGCACUCGCUGCUUUUAGUCAUAAUAAUCUAGUUUUGCUUGAGACCAUACUGUCCCAUAGGAACACAUGUUAUCCGUAAUAAAUUAAUCGCUACAAUAUUUAGCUCACAUGUUGCUCAGAAGUCGUGGGGAACAUUAUCCAAAUGUCUCUGAAUUCUCGGCACUUUAACAUUUUCUUUAACGUUUUUUUUAAUGGUAGUCUAGUUAAAAAAAAAUCUAUCUAGGUAUUUUUCUUUUUAGAAAAUUUGAUCUAACUGCUGUAUUAAACUAUUAUAUUUUUUAACAAUUUUGAUGUAUACAUAUAUGUUUUGAAUUUUUUAAUCGAAUGAAAGUUGAAAAACUGUAUUCUGCAAACAUUUGUGUAUAUACUUUUGUAGUUUGCUUGUAACAAUUAAAACAGGUCUAUAGAUUUCAAUAAUGAGUGUUAACAAUGUUGUUCAGUUUUUAGCAUCUAUCAUUUGUUCUGGUAAUAUAAAUGUACAACAGUUUUAAAGUAAAAAUCCUCAACUUUUCGCUUGCAAGACUGGAUAAAUAAUUGACGUGAAUUUUUACUAUGGGAAAAGUCAAUAACCAAAUUUUGCAUCUGUAUUUGGAGGCAACUCAACCACUUUCUAACAACUGACUUUGGUGUAAUGAGGCCAUUUUUAAAAUUUAAAACGAAUCUUAAACAAUCCAUCGCAUCAAUUUGUUGCUUUAGUUUCCUUUUUAUCCUAAUACAUAUACUUGGUAUUGUGAAUACUGGAAUAUUUGUGUACGCAUAGUUUGGAAUCCGUUUUGUGUAAAGGAUUUGUAACCAUAUUGGUGUUUGAGCCGUUCUUAAUAAAACCAUCUUAUAAAACAAA